ACUUCAGAAAUAUCUUCCUCUGCCUCAACUGGAACUUCACCUCUGGACACCAUGUGUUGUAACUACUCUGGGAACUCCUGUGGCUAUGGCUGUGGCUAUGGUUCUGGCUAUGGCUGUGGAUAUGGCUCUGGUUGUGGUUAUGGCUGUGGCUGUGGCUCUGGCUCUGGCUCUGGCUAUGGUUGUGGAUACGGCUCUGGCUACAGUUAUGGCUGUGACUAUGGUUCCGGCUAUGGCUGUGGCUAUGGCUCCCGGUAUGGCUGUGGCUAUGGUUCCGGCUAUGGCUGUGGCUAUGACUCCCGGUAUGGCUGUGGCUAUGGUUCUGGGUGUUGUAGUUACAGACCCUUUUGCUACAGAAGAUGCUAUUCCUCUUGCUGUUAAUCGUUAUUCCAAAGUGUUGAAUGAGCCUUCGAAAUAACCAGUCAAUUCCAGUCCAGGGAAAUUCUGCCUUUCAAAUUCACAACAAAGAAUCAUCAUUUAUUAGGAACCUGAGUUGGCGGUAGGGAAGCCGCUUGCUAUCAAUGGAAGUCAAAGAGUUCUAUCACAUCACUGGAGAUAGAAAAUGUUAUUCUGCCUGGUUCAAGCCCCCAGCUCCCCACCUGCAGGGGAGUUGCUUCAUAAGCAGUGAAGCAGGUCUGCAGGUGUCUAUCUUUCUCUCCCCCUCUGUCUUCCCCUCCUCUCUCCAUUUCUCUCUGUCCUAUCUAAUAACAACAACAAUAAAACAAGAGCAACAAAAGGGGAUAAAUAAAUAAAUAUUAAAAAGAUGUUAUUCUGAUUAUUUUUCAAAUCAAAUUAUUACAAGUUUCCCCUACUUCAGUACUACGGUUAUUUGCAAAAGCACAAGAGAAUUAUAUAAUGGAAGUACAUAAAAAUAGAGAAAAAUAGCAAGUUUCUUAAUAAAGUGCUUCAUUAUUAAGAAGUUUGGUUGGUUUGAUGUCUGAAUUAUCUUUAACGCCAUGGUUUGUGACCUCUGAGAAUCUAGGUGACUAUAACUUGGGAUGAACAUAAUGUAUAUUUUGUUAACUCCAAUAAAAAUCCUCUGUAUGCUCA